AAAUUCACCUCCCCUCUCUCUCUCUCUCUCUCUCUCUCUGACUCCACAUUUCCUACUCAGUGUGUUCUUAUCUGUUAAAAGGUAAAAUGGAACAUCUGCUCUUCUUCUUUCAAAUCAAACCUUACCCCCAAAUUAACUCUUUUCAUUGUUUUUUCUCUCUCUUCCUCUUGCACUCUUCUAAACAUGGGUAAAGGGUAAUCUUUUUCUCUCUUUCUCUCUCUCUCUCUCCAAAAUUGUGUCUCUAGAGCUAUGAAUACUUGCUGUCCCAGUUUCUUUCUGUGAUUCUUCUUUUGUGUUAUUCCUUUUUAAUAUAAACAGUUCUCUGGGUUUGAUUGGAUGGUGGGGUUUUGUCCAAUGCUUUUCUUUGUGUAUUCCUUUCUUUGAUUUUGGGACUUUUCAAUCUCUUUAUUAGAUUCCCAGCCCUCUUAAUUUGUUAUUAGAUGAAAAAAGAAAUAAUUUUAAAAAAAAAAAACAUUUUUGCAUCGUCCACAUGCAUGUUCUUUAUCUGGAUUGGAUCACAAGGAUCUAUUUGUUGUUAUUCUAUUUGCAGAGGAGGUGAGACACAGAGAGGUGGUGGGGUUUACUAACUGAGUCCCUUUUGCCAGCAAUCUUGGUCUUCUUUUGAGGGGUCACAGAAGCAGAAAGAAGAAGAAAGAGUUGUAUCAUUUGGGUGAAAUUCGAAUUGUGGUUGAUUCAGUUCUGGGAAAGAUUGUCUGGGAUUUUUCAAUUUGGUGAUAAAUUAUGAAUUGGGUCUGUUUUCUAUGUCUAAUUCAGUGGUGUGAAUGAAUGAAUUUGGGAUUUGAAUUGGUGGCAGUGUUGAUUCAUCAUAUUCUAUUGAUUUGGAAGAAGGGUAUCUUGUUUGGUCUGCUGUUGUUGUUGGUAGUUUUGUAUGUUUGAAUUGGUCUUUGAUUGGGUAAACUAGUCUGGGUUGGCCCUGCAAUACUCCUGAGGCAUGGCUGUGAGUAUCGAUGUUUCGAAGUAUGCCCAUAGUUCUGUCCACAGUGCUAUAGCCAUGAAAGACUAUGCUGGUCUCAGGAAGAUACUGGCAGGCCUUCCACGGUUAUGCAACCCAUCUGAAAUCCACACUGAAUCCGCUUCAGUGGUGGAAGAAAAGAAAGCUGAUGCCAUCUCUGCGGUGAUUGAUCGUCGUGAUGUCCCUAACCGUGAAACCCCUCUUCACUUGGCUGUCAAACUAAGUGAUGAGAUUUCAACGGAGAUGCUUAUGAUUGCUGGUGCAGAUUGGAGCUUGCAAAAUGAACAAGGGUGGAGCGCACUCCAAGAAGCUAUAUGUAAUAGGGAAGAAGGGAUUGCCCGGAUUAUAGUUAGGCAUUAUCAGCCAUUGGCUUGGGCGAAAUGGUGUAGAAGAUUACCUCGGUUGAUUGGGACAAUGGGGAGGAUGAGAGAUUUCUACAUGGAACUUACAUUCCACUUUGAGAGCUCCGUUAUCCCUUUUAUAUCGAGAAUUGCACCUUCUGAUACUUAUAAAAUUUGGAAAAGGGGUGCGAAUUUGAGGGCGGAUAUGACUUUGGCUGGUUUUGAUGGUUUCAGAAUACAACGCUCAGAUCAGAGUAUUGUUUUUCUUGGUGAUGGGUCCGAGGAUGGGAAGGUUCCUCCUGGCUCACUUUGCAUGAUCUCACACAAAGAUAAGGAAGUGAUGAAUGCUUUGGAUGGUGCCGGUGCUCCAGCAAGCGAUGCAGAGGUGCAGCAAGAAGUUGCAGCAAUGUCUCAAACCAAUAUAAUCAGGCCUGGGAUUGACGUGACUGAAGCGGUUCUUUUGCCACAGGUGACGUGGAGACGACAGGAGAAAACUGAAAUGGUGGGUCUGUGGAAGGCUAAAGUAUAUGAUAUGCAUAAUGUGGUUGUGAGCAUCAAAUCCAGGAGGGUCCCAGGGGCUAUGACAGAUGAUGAGUUCUUCUCAUCCUGCAAUGAAAAUGAGACAGAAAGUGAAGAGCUUAAUGAAAUUCUAACGGAGGAGGAAAGAAGGCAACUUGAAGUUGCACUCAAGUUAGAUUCUUCGGAUUUAAGCAACGAGAAUAGUGAUGGGAUUAUCGCGCACCGCCAUAGUUUUUAUGAGCAACGAGAUAUUCCCAUGGAGGAAAUGGGUGGUAGUAGAAAUGGAGAGACAAAGCAGGAAAAGAAAGGGUGGUUUGGCGGAUGGAGAAAACGAGAUAAUACUAAGCCUGAAGGGCUGAAGAGGACUACCCCACCAAGAAGUUCACUCUGUGUAGAAGAGAAGUUUGGCGAUCUCCUUGAGGAUUCUCCAUCACAAAGUCAGAUUAAACCGGGAAGGCAUUCCAUGGAGAUUGUUGUGAGUAGGGAUGAGCACCGUAGAGGAAAGGAUACCAAAACAUCCUCAUCCAUAAAUUCGGAGAGUGGAACUCGGCGCAAGGAUGGAAGCCGUGAAAAUGAAUAUAAAAAAGGCUUGAGGCCUGUCCUAUGGCUGUCCCCAAAUUUCCCAUUGCGGACUGAAGAACUCCUGCCCUUGCUUGACAUUCUAGCAAACAAAGUUAAGGCCAUUCGUCGCUUACGAGAACUACUUACAACAAAACUUCCUUUGGGUACCUUUCCGGUUAAGGUUGCUAUCCCAGUGGUUCCCACUAUCAGAGUGUUGGUUACAUUUACAAAGUUCGAAGAGUUACAGCCGUUGGAUGAGUUCUCAACCCCUCCUUCAAGUCCAACCGCCUCAGGCCGAGAGAGCCCCGCUAUAAUGCCGUCCUCAAGUUCAUCAUGGUUUCAGUGGAUAAAAACUCCAUACCAAAGGCCAAAUUCUUCUUCCACUGGUGGAUCCAACAGCAGUCGGAUAGAAAAUAUUCAUGACCCGUUUGCAAUUCCUCAAGAUUACACUUGGGUUACUGCCGAAGCAAAGAAAAAGAAGACGCAGGAGAAAAGCAAAUCAAAGAAAGGAAGAAGUCAGAAUCAGUAGCAUUUGGGAUGAAAUUGAGAUUCAUCGGAUUGGUUCGGUGUACCAAGUAAGGGUUCUUGUUCAUUAAGUCCGCUAAUUUGCAAUUUUGUUGAGAACAAAAAUUAGGGGGACACAGUGAUCCUUUUGUAGGGUGAAAAUUUGGUAAAUCCAUGGGGUUGGGGGGUUAUGAAAAGUUGGAAGUUAUGAUUCUUGCAAAUGCUUGUAACCAAUAUGGAACAAUUGUUUGGCUUUUGGUUGAUAUGCUUACACCAUUUAUAUCAUUUGAUUAACUACUAUCCAUUUAAUUUC